UCCAAGAUGGAGGGUGACGGUGAGAAACCACCUUCUCCGAAGCCGGAAAAUCCAGGAUCCCUCAACUCUCCAGCAUCAGGCUCAGGCAAUGAGGGUCGUAAGUCACGGAAUUUAAAAGAGGCCACCUCACAUUUAAAAGAGGAGGCUCUUCGUAGAUACAGGCUGCGCCAAGAGGCAAUGGCAUCGUCAGACUCUGGGGGAGAGGGGACUCCCCUUCCACCAGGAACUCAGAUACCUAAACCUCCAGAAGGUGAAAAACCAGCAAGCAGAAGGAGUAGUCCUAGACAGAGAACUACUCAGUCUGGUGAGGUAUCAGAAAUACAAAAAACUGAUACAGUGGCUGUAAUGAUUGAGGAGAAGAGUGACGUGUCUAUUGAAGAGAAGAUGGUACUGGAUACUGAACAUGUUGUAGAAAAUUCGGUUGAUCUUCAGGAAUGGGAUAGUGCAUCUAAUACGCCUGUACUGGAGAUUGAACGGAGCAGUCUGAGCAGGGAGAGGGUGCCGCAGACACGAGUCGUAACCUCGACCUCCGUCGAUAUCGACACCAUCAGUAGGCAGAUCAUCACCACUGAAGCAGACGUGGAGACGAUUGAAAAACAAAUCAUCACCACCGGCGACGUUUCUGGACUGGCAGAGACGGAGAUCCUAAAUAUGGUGGAAAUGAUGGAGAAGAGCCCGGGAGAAAGAUCAGAAAAGAAGGUAACCAUCACUGAAGAAGUAAUAGUUGAUACGGUAAGAGAUGACAAAACUCCGGAAGUGCAAGAGAGCAGGGUUCAGCAGAGUUUAGGAGUGGUCCAGAUGACGGCCCAGGAAAUGUCUCGGGAGCCGACUCUCGAUGAGAACCUGGACAUGGUCGCCCCAUCAACAGACGAAGUCGUGUCACCAAAGGUUUCUCGUGAAGCAACGUUGGUUGAGGAGGACAUUGUUCCCACACAUUUAGGAACACAAGAAGUUGCUGUUAAGGCGGGACAAUCGGGAGAAGCAACAGGUGGAGAACCAACAUCGGAACCACCUCUGGUAGAGAAUAAGGCUCCGGAGCAGGAAGCGGAAAAGGCUCCGGAGCAGGAAGCGGAAAAGGCUCCUGAACAGGAAGCGGAAAAGGCUCCAGAACAGGAAGCGGGAAAGGCUCCGGAACAAGAAGCAGAAAAGGCUCCGGAUCAGGAAGCGGAAAAGGCUCCGGAGCAGGAAGCGGAAAAGGCUCCAGAACAGGAAGCGGCAAAGGCUCCGGAACAAGAAGCAGAAAAAGCUCCAGAACAGGCAGAAGAGAAACCAACAACAGAAGAAAAACCGCAAGAACAAGCAGAAACAACCCCUGGACAAACAGAGGAGUCGCCUAAAACAGGAGAGGAAGCACCAAAACAAACAACAGAAGAAAAGGUUGAGGAAAAUGUUAAAGUAGCUGAAAAGACAGAAGGAGAAGAAGGAACAGAAAAGACCCCAGGUGAGACUGAAAAGGCACCAGAAGGUGACAAGCUAUCAGAGGGAGAAACUGCUCCUGAACAAGUGCAGGAAGGAGAAAAGGCCCCAGAACAGGCACAACAAGGAGAAAAGGCCCCUGAACCGGCACAAGAAGGAGAAAAGCCCUCUGAGCAGGCAAAGGAAGGAGAAAAGGCCCCUGAACAAGCACAGGAAGGAGAAAAGGCCCCUGAACAAGGACAAGAAAGUGAAAAGGCCCCUGAACAAUCACAGGAAGGUGAAAAGGUCCCUGAACAAGCUCAAGAAGGUGAAAAGGCCCCUGAACAAGCACAGGAAGGAGAAAAGGCCCCUGAACAAGCACAGGAAGGAGAAAAAGCUCCAGAACAAGCACAGGAAGGAGAAAAAGCUCCAGAAGAUGGUAGUGGUGACAAACCUGUUGAGGGGGAGAAGGCUCCUGAACAAACACAGGAUGCUGAACAGCAAGAGUCAGUUGUGAUGGACAAACCAGGCGAUGAAACUAACAAUGCUGCUGAGAGUGAGGGCAAAGAGGAAGCGCAGGUAGAGGUGAACGAAGAAGCAGCAGAGGAGAACAAAGAGACAGAAGAAAAGGAGAAAGGCAUCCCUGCUGACUUCUUCUACGACCUUGACAAAAUGACAUCUAAGCCUGUGAUGACAGAAGAUUGCGGGCUCCCAGAGGACAUGUUGUCACUCCAAUAUUCUUUUGGCUACGACUGUACAAAGAGGGCCAAUCUCCACUUACUUGAUGAGAAAACGGUGAUAUUUGCUGCCGGAAACCUUGUUCAGCUGGUAGACCUGCAGACUCGCGAACACAAAUAUCUGCGAAGUACAAGUGGAGGGGGAAUAGGUGCCCUCACGGUCCACCCGAGCAAGAAGUUCUUUGCAGUGGCUGAGAAAGGACAGUCCCCGAACAUCAACAUAUUUGAGUACCCAUCCCUCAAGUUACACCGCAUCCUGAGGGGAGGAACAGAAAAAUCCUACUCCUACGUCGACUUCAGCUCUGACGGUGAGCUGCUAGCCUCUCAGGGAGGUAACCCCGACUUCAUGUUGACCGUUUGGCGGUGGCGAGAGGAGAUGACCGUCCUUCGGUCAAAGGCUUUCUCUCAGGACGUCUUCCGCGCAACCUUCUCCACAGAGCUGGAAGGUCAACUGACCACUGCCGGAACAACCCAUAUAAGGUUUUGGAAAAUGGCCGACACCUUCACUGGUUUGAAACUUCAGGGAGCUCUUGGUAAAUUUGGCAAGACAGAAAUCUCCGAUGUGGAGGGAUAUGUGGAGCUUCCGGACGGAAAAGUACUUUCUGGAUGUGAAUGGGGGAACAUGUUGCUGUGGGAAGGAGGUCUCAUCAAGGUGGAGAUUUCCUGUAAAGGGAGGAAACCCUGUCACGUCGGCAACAUCAUGCAGAUCCUGCUGGACGAGGGAGAACUGAUGACUGUGGGAGAGGAUGGUUUUAUCAAGGUGUGGGACUUUGAGAGUGUUGACACGGCCGACACAACAGAUGACACAGGGAUGUUUGAGAUGGAGCCGAUGAAUGAGCUCCGCGUCGGUGAGGGUGUCAAAUUACAGUCCAUCUGUAAAUCGUUUGAUGCUGAGACAGAGAUGACCUUCUGGUUCGCACAGGAUGCUAACGGUGGUAUAUGGAAGCUGGACCUGUCCUUCUCUCAUACCUCCCUGGCCCCGGAGAAGAUGUUUACCUAUCACGCCGGCGCCAUUCUCGGAUGUGAUACGUCACCGAUCAGUCACAUUGUGGCCACCACAGGCCAUGACCACACUGUCCGGGUAUUUGACUACCUACAGAGGAAACAACUGUGUGAGACCAAGUUCUCUGCUGGAGGAUCUGCCCUACUUUGGGCCCCAGAAGUGGUCGACCCAAAAGGAGCUACAAUUCUGGUCGGGUUUAGUGACGGUGUGGUGAGGGUGUUCAACAUCAGCCAGCUAACUGAUGAACUGACGAGGAAACACAAGAACGACUGUGAUCUGGUCCUACAACAGGCGUUCAAACCUCACUCGUCGUCCGUCAACAGCUUGGCCGUAAACAAGUCUGGCGACAUCCUUGCCACUGCGGGUGAGGAUGGUACAAUUUUCUUCCUGACGGUGGGAACAACCUACAACCCUAUUGGUUUUGUCACUAUGCCUGCUGCUGUCAAAAAGAUCCAGUGGUCUCCAGAAACUAAGAGCGUAAAGAAGGAGACACUACUGGUGUUCUGUGACAAAGGAAUCGUCGUCGAGAUUGACAGUCCAGGGGACAGCAACUUCGACACGUCGCAUACAUUCAAAAUAACUGGACUUCCGACCCGCCAGUUCACCUUCAAGAGUGUCAAGUCCGCACUCAGGCAUGAGGAAGACAUGGAAAGGAAGAAAAAGGAGGAAGAAGAGAGAAAGAAGAAAGAAGCCGAAGAAAGGAGAAAGCGAAUAGAGAGAGGAUUGGAGACAGAGUCAGAGCAAGGAGAUGAAGAAGAAGAAAAGAAGGAGUCGGAAGAGGACUGGACGCCCUACAUCCCAUCGGAGCCGAGCCCCAUCCUCGAGGGUUUCUAUACAGAGGACGGAAACUUCUGGCUCUCUAUGGGAGACUUUGAUUCUGGUUACCUGUACCAGUGUAAGUUUUUGAGCCCUGAUGAGAAGGCUGGCCUGCCGGAGGAACUGGUCGACCAGCCCAUAAAGUCAGUCCCAGUUGUGGACUCCGAGGACGUACCCAUUAACAUCAUCAAGUUCAGUUCUAACGGUCGUCAAGUGUUGAUGGGUAUGAGUGACGGGGCGGUGAGGAUCUACAACCUGGAGACGCCGUACGACAUGUCAACCAUGGGGCCGUUCUGGACGCUGACCAUGCACGACAACAACUACGGACACGUGACGGGGCUGAAGAGUAGCUACGACAACACCAUGCUGCUGACCGUGGGCGGGGAUAGUAACUUCUUCCUCUACAACUACAUGGGCCAGGAGGAGAUCGACCAGAAAACGGCCGAAAAUAAGGCCAAGAUUCCCUCAGCGAGAAAACGUGGAGAUGAAAUUAUAGAUGAUAUUGAUGACCCCAACGCCUACAGUAUUGAGGAUGCCAAACAGAAGUCGGAGCAUGAUAAGAUGAUGAAACAUGCUGAGGAGAAGAAGAGGGAUGUACGACAGAGGAUUGCUCACCUCCGGCGACAGUUCAAGACUCUGUUGGAGCAGAAUGAGAACCUACCCAACCAUCUCCAACUAAAGAAGGACGAAUUUGAGAUGGACAGAGAAAUUAAAUAUGAACUCCAAAGACAGAAAUCGGAGAGGAUGGAUAUUGUGAGGAGAGAAAGAGCCUGGGAGUCGGAGAAACACCGCAUAGCUCUGGAAAAACUCCGCAAAAGGUUUAAGGAUGUAGUAGAGUGUGAGAGGAUAGUGGUGAAGGCGUUUAACACCAGCCACGAAAUAGCAAGCUUCCGCGCGGCCAAACUCUCCGACGACUUCUACACACUGAAGGCGGACUUUGAGCGACGGAGGACACAAACCAUGAUGAGGGAUGACCUCACUCGGGAUCCGACCCGUGACCUCAUGACAGGUCAGACACGCCACACGGACCUGGCUGGUGAAGGAGAAAAGAAGGACGACCAAUCAGGGCUCAAAGUCACGACCACCUUGAAGGGCAGCAUGGGCGAGCGUAUCUCCAAGGCUCUAUAUAAAGUGGAGGAGAAGAAGAAGAAGCGCGCCGCCAGGAAGGCUCAGUGGUCUGAUCUGUACAACACCAAGCCAGAUGACGACUACGAGGAUCCUGCCGACGUCUCGGCCAUUAAGGAGGCCAAGGACAACAUGGGUGACUACAAGCUGAAGACUGCGCAGGAUUACGUCGUCCCCGACCACCUGAGGAUGAACGUGGAGAAGGCACGAGGACGUCUCCUUAUCCUCAAGGACAUUAUCCAUGAGCAAAAGUACCACUUCAACCUGCGCCUGCUGAGCCUACGCGACAAGAAGCUCCACGUUAUAGAGGAGAUUAAAGAGCUGAUUGUAAAGUUGGAGGAUAUCCAGACACACUUACCCCCGGAGAAGUGUAAAUCUAUUCCUCCAGUCCCUCGUAUGUACCCCGUGGAGACACCCGAAAAGAAACUGGAGUACACAAGAGAAACACUGGUAGCCUUUAAGAAAGAGAAGGACGAGGCUGCAGCAGCCAAAAAAGGAGGAGGGGCCGGAGGAUUCGGGGGUUUUGGAGGAGGAUCUGACGACAAGAAGGGAGGUAGACCAUCCCCAACUCCGGGUCAGAAACACGCCGCCUCGUCCAGUGACGUGAGCAAGGGCAAGUCCAGCGAGGAUGUCACAGAGGGUGAACCAGAGUUAUCUCCCCUGGAACAGCAAAUGAUGGUGGCUGAGGAAAUCAUGAUGCUGUAUAACCAAGACUACCUGCUGAAGAAGAUUGAUGAGCUCCUCAGCGACUUUGAUGCGGAGCUCCGACUUCUCCGACACGACAAGUUCAGACUUGACAUUGUGAUGAAGAAUGCUGAUCUUAGACAAGUGACCCUAUUUGAGGAGUUUGUGUUGCUGAAGGAGUUUGAGAAGAGAGAGGAUGUGCUGGCGGCCAAGGUCACAGGAAAACAACAGGAGAAACUGGACAUGCAGCUUAAGAUCAUUGAUGUACAAGGCAAGCUGGAGGCAAAGAAGAAGGAGAUAGAAAAACUGCUGGAGAAAGAACGUUCACUCAACAUCACCUUCCAUGGAUCGCUCGGCGACAACAACAAAUUCUCUGACUACCUCUCUAAAGUCUUCAAGAAAAAAAUCAAGCGUGCCAAAAAGAAGACAACAGACGAAGGAUCGGACGAUGACAGUGAUGAAGACUCGAGCGAUGACGAUGAUUGGGAUGAGGACGAGGAUGACGAGGACGAGGAUGCUCUAGGAUACGACCUUGACAUCUGUCCGUCCGGCUGUGACCAGAACCUCUACGACAACACCUGUCAGAUGCGUGAGAAGCGUUUAGACAUUGAGGAGGCGUUGACUGAGGAGAAGAAGAACAACGAGGCCCUGAAGAAGGAGCUCGACAGCUUCAACAGGAAGGCCAAGGUCAUCGAUGCUGGACUCAAAACGGCAGCCAAUGACUUGGAGGCAUUCCAGCUUGAGAAGCAGCAGAAACUAAACGAGUUGGAUGUGAUUGUGACGCUGAAGCUGCACCAGAUCCAGUACAUGUUGAACGGCCAGCUCCCUCAGGACCUGUCUCAGACCCUUGUGUUUGAGUCCAACGGUGUCGUAAGGCUACAGCAACGCAUCAAGGAACUGGAGCACGAAAAACAUGCUCAGAAGAAACAUAUGAGAGAGUCGAAGCGGAAACACGUUCAGCUCAUCAAGGACCGUAAAGUGUUUGACAGUAAGAUCGGGGAGAUGGAGUCGGAAUGUGACAAACUGAUGGUAGAUAAGUUUGGCUGUAUCGUGGACCUGGAGAAGUUAGAGACGAUAACGGUGAACCGACAGAUAGAGGAGCUCAAGGAGAAGCUACGAAUCACGGAGAUACAGUGUUCCGAGGAGAUAGAGGAAUGGAAUGAGAAGAUCGUUGAAAGGAAGGACAGAAUCACGCACCUGAUCCGAGACAACACCCGGAGAUUAGACCAAUUAUGUGUUUUACUGAAUGAUAAAAAAGAGUACGAGUCGUCACUGGAUGUCAGACAGGAGAGCUCGGGUGAAGAGUACAGUGGAGCACGGAAGGCAGACAUUCGUGAGAAACAACGUCUGAUACAACUCGUCCAGCUGCAGGCUCAGGAAAUAGAUGCUCUCAAGGAAGAGAUUAUGUUGCUGUCGAGGAAAGGCGGACACAUUCUACCUCCCGCCCAACCCCCGCUACCGCAAACUCCACAGAACGUGCGAACUAUCAGUAACUAGGCCUAGUAUCAUUGACAAUGUGGUUAUGCCCGGUAUGUGGAUGUGAUAUAAAAAAACAAUUUACGAAGGAACAUUCUGUUCUACAAAAAAAUGAAAUGGAUGCAUAACCGUUUUUAUACCAUUUGUUACACAUUCAGUAGGUUGUAAAGGAAAAAAUCUAAUUUAUGAACAAAAUGUUCAGAUCAGAAGCAAAGUUUUGUUAAAAACUUUUGAGUUUACUACAAAAUAAGUUUCUACUUAAAAAGAAAAACCCUUCCAAAAAAAAUCAAAACUGAAAUUCAGUUACUCAUAUUUUCCUAAACAUUAUCUGUACAACUUCACUCCAUAUGGAGACUUAAACAGAAUUACUAUGAACACAUAUAGACUCUGUCCCUAUUUCUGCUUUGAUAUCAAAUCCGUCCAUUUUAGUGUUUAUAAUUUAUAUCUUUGAUCAGACACAAGUACUUCUGUAUAUUUCAUAAAUAUUUUUGUUGAAAUAUUACUCAAAUUUAUAUUUUAACAAAGAAUUAGCCUCCACAGAAUACAGAUUUUACUGACCUAGAAAAUGUCAUUCAACUCAUUUCAUGUAUAAAAGACAAUAUCUAUAUGAUAAUGCAUACUAUAUGGAAAACGAAAGUUAAUUUGCUUUUAGCAUUCCAACCUGACUGUGAUAUAGAUAUGUACUGUUGAUACCACAUAUAUCUCUUUGAUGUAUAUGAUGUCAAUCACCUGCAGUUUAUUUAUGAUAUACAUUGUACUUAUGAUUGUGCUUAAUUAUGUAAAAUAAAUGAAACAAUAAA